UUUUCGUGGCAUACACAUACAUACAUACACACUUACUUGGUUGUGAGUCAGAAUACCAAUAUUUAGUGGGACAACAAUCAAAUUAACGCCAUCACAGCUAAACGAACAAUCGAUUUAAAUUUGAAAACAACAACAGAACCAAAACAAAAAACAAACCACCAAACUGGGUGAAACUGGGAAAAAAACAAAACAGAAACGACUAAUCAAAUUCAAAUAUAAAACUAACUUCAGAAUGCUUGAGACCAGAUCAACGGUAAAUAUACCGUUGAAUGGCUUACGAAAGAACCACAAACCAACGAGUUCCACAACGGAGAACGGCGGUUACAACGCUUCCGAUGCUGAAAAGGGUACAGUCGGCAGCAAUGGCAAGAAUGGCAAUACGGACAAUAAUGUGGUCGAUAUACCCGAAGCUGUGUUGGAGAAACUGUUUCGCAACUAUGUUUUCAAACAGCGGCGUGCAGGCUCCAAAUGGUUCAUAUUUGCAACAUUUCUUUGCACCAUUUGGAUCUUGAUUAUACCGCACCAAUCGGAAAUGGUACCGAAUGCGUUUCUGGUGUUCUCCAUCGUCACUUUAAUAAUGAUGAGAGUAAUGCUGGAUCGGCGUGUGCUCGAUCGCAAGCGAUUCGAAACGGUGCAUAAGCGUUUAACGCUGCACGGUACACUAAUGCUUUGGUUUCUAUUUUUUGCCAAUAUUCUAACCUAUUAUGAGCUGCAAACGAAACCAUCCCCAAGAGAAGUUCUAGGUUGGAUCGCACUUUUCAACUUUCUCAUCUAUAUUACCUUGCCCAUGCAGCUUUUUUAUGGCGGUUGUCUGUUGGGUUUCGCUAGUUUGGUAAUGUUUCCCCUAACCGCAUUUACGUAUGGCAAUAUGAGACCGCUCUUCUGGGAGCAAAUGAUAGCCAGUUUUAUUAUGAUUUUCACUGCGGCUCUUAUUGGUGUGCUGUGUUAUUUCAUGAGUGAGGCGAAGCAGCGGCGUGCUUUUCUAGAGGCUAAGAAGAGUUUGGAAGUAAAAAUGGUUAUUGAGGAACAAUCCGCUGAACAGGAACGUUUACUUCUGUCUGUACUACCGAAGCACGUAGCUGUAAAAAUGCGCCAGGAUCUCGGUUCAACAAGCUCGGAACCGUUCAAGAAAAUUUAUAUGAGCAGGCAUGAAAAUGUGAGCAUUCUUUAUGCGGACAUCGUUGGUUUUACAGCCAUAUCGUCUACUUACAGUGCACAGGACCUUGUUAAAAUGUUAAACGAACUAUUUGCGCGAUUCGAUAGUCUGUCGGAGAAAUACCAUCAGUUAAGAAUUAAAAUCCUUGGCGAUUGCUAUUAUUGCAUUAGUGGUGCACCUGACGAACGUCCUGACCAUGCUGUGCUCUGUGUACAUAUGGGUCUCUCAAUGGUGGAAGCUAUUAAAUAUGUGCAACAGAAGGCCAAUUCGCCUGUUGAUAUGAGAGUGGGCAUACAUACCGGCGCUAUAUUGGCUGGUAUACUUGGUCAGCGGCAGUGGCAAUUCGAUAUAUAUUCCAAAGAUGUUGAGUUGGCUAAUAAAAUGGAAUCAAGCGGCAAAGCCGGACGUGUGCAUAUUUCGGACAAAACUCUAGCGUUUCUUAAUGGCGCUUUUGAGGUUGAACCGGCCUAUGGUGAACGCAUGGAUGAGGCUUUGCGUAUAGCAGGUCUGAAGACCUACUUCAUAACCAAUGUUUUGAAACCGUUCUCCUCGCCCGUUGCCAAAAGGAAUAGAGAAUGUAGUGAAAUUGUUGCUGGUAAAAAAACGGAGGCUGAAAAAAUGGCAAUCGUUGAGAAGGCAGUUGACGGAGGCGCUGUUAGGAAUGUACGUAUAGUGAAAGUAAUCAGUCCGAACAACAACUUCAAAGUACGCCUACAAGAGGAGCUAAUCGCUCGAGAUGGUCAUGAAGAUCUUUCGAGUUGUACGAAUAUCUUCUUGAAAUUCAAAAACAAAGGUUUGGAAGCUGCAUAUGCAGCCCAUCGUGAACCCUUCUCUUCUUUACCAUUGCUCGCAACUUUGCUUGUGCAAGCAUUAGACAUUGGCUACUCCUAUGCAGUGCUUCCAAGAUCGCCGCUGCAUCUGAUAAAUAUUUCUGCACCUUUAAUACCCAUGACUAUGCUUAUCUUUAUUUCAAUAGCUGAGAGUUUUCCAAAAUAUUUACCUGAAUCCUUAGUAAGCCUUAGCAAACGUUUCAACGACAUAACAUUCGUGCGAGAGUUGACCGCGAUUAUAUUGGCCAUGACCAUGGGGCUCAGUAAUGUUGUGGAUAUGUACUUCUAUGUAACCUACUUGAAAACGGAUCAUGUCGUUUUGGAUAGUGAAAUCGAACCUAUCACUGAGGGUGAGGGUAUUAUUGUUUCAGCUGAACCAUCUUUGGCAUCAUUGCUAGCGAAUGCUACUAUGGCGGAUGAAAUUCAUAUGUUUCCCUCAUACAUGAGUAAUUAUGCCGUGUUGAUAUUGAUUGCGAUUGCCGUCAUUGCCCAGCUGACACAUGUUACAAAAAUUGUUCUAAUGAUCGUUAUAACAGCACUGCAUUGCUAUUGCAAUAUAUUUCUCUUGGGCGAUUUAUAUUCAUUUGAGGACGAACUGGCCGCCUAUCCCACAAUACCCACCGCUUACAGACUGUCAGCGGUAUUGAUUCUUGUCACAUUGGCAUUGUCGUUUCUUGUGCGUCAUGUGGAUCGUGAGGAUCGUGUUAUAUUCAAGUGGAAAACCGAAGUAGCUGAGCAGCGUGAGAAGGCAACAGAUAUGCGACGAAGAAAUGAGGCACUUGUCUACAACAUACUACCGGUACAUGUGGCCGAGCAUUUUAUGAAGAAUACUAAACGUUCACACGAUGAUCUAUACUCGCAAAGUUAUGCUGAGGUGGGUGUGCUGUUUGCGAGCAUGCCCAAUUUUUCAGACUUUUAUUCCGAGGAAACUGUCAAUAAUCAAGGACUUGAGUGUUUACGUUUUCUCAACGAAGUUAUUUCGGAUUUCGAUGCGUUAUUGGAGCUACCGCAAUUUCAAGAUAUCAUUAAGAUCAAAACAAUUGGUUCCACUUAUAUGGCUGCGAGUGGCAUUAAUUCGAAUCGCGUAAGUAAACCGGAUGAUCCGAUCACCAAACGCUGGUCCCAUUUGGAAGUGCUGGUCGAAUUCGCUUUGGAGUUGAAGAAAGCUUUGCAAGGUAUCAAUGAACAGUCGUUCAAUCAUUUUGUGCUCAAAAUGGGCAUCAAUCAUGGUCCCAUCACGGCUGGCGUAAUUGGUGCACGUAAGCCACACUAUGAUAUUUGGGGUAAUACGGUAAAUGUGGCAUCGCGCAUGGAGAGUACGGGCAAAGCAGGCGCUAUACAGGUGACAGAUGAGACUUGCGGCAUUCUCCAAGAAUUCGGUUACACCUUCCAGCAACGUGGACUUGUUAGCGUUAAGGGCAAAGGACAACUAAUGACUUUCUAUCUACAAGGUAAAACUGAUAAACGCAGCAACAACAAACAAACAAUGCAUCAAGCGACAGAGGAUCCCAUUAAACAGUCAGUGGAAAACCACCCACAACCCGCAAGCGAACAAUGCAAUGGACACUCGGCAUUGGAACCCGAUAUAAAAACACCAUUACUAGAUGUGCUGUCACAUGAAACGAAUUCAACGGCUGAUGGCGAAAAAGAUGCAUUAAUAAACUAGAUUUUAUGAAGAUAAUAAUAUUGACAACAACAAAUAUGCAUGCAAGAAAAAACAACUCCAACUACAUCUAUUAAGCCAUAAAAGAAGAAAAUGAACAUAAAAGCUUACAUAAGUUAAUAGUAACAGAGAUAAGCAAAAUAAUGUGUAAUGGCUUCCCCAAACUGGAAAUAAAAAAAUAAAAAUUGCAUGUGAAAAUAUUAAUAAGGAACUCCAAUAACACAUAAUGUACACCCGAAAGGUGCUUACGUCCCCCAAACAAGAGCAACAGAAAAUGUACAGAAGCAAUAUUCAAACAGUCAUAUAUUAUAACUACAAGCAUAAAACAUACAUACGUAUACUGAAAAACUUUAACUAAAAAUAGAGCAUACAGUUAUUUAACAAUAUAUAAGUAUAUACUUAACUAUAUAACGUAAAGCAAAUAACAUGCAUACGAUAGAAUAGAAAAAAAAAGUAUAAGAAAUAUAAAAACAAACUUAAGAAAUAUAAAUUUAGCAACUAAAGAUAUAUAUUAAAUGUGGUUAGCUAAGUAGUA